AUGGAUUUACAAUUGAAAAGGGUCUUGAGCCGCCCCUGCAGGAGUUCGAAGGAGGAGGUGGUCAUUGACAUGAAUGACAUGGAGGUCAGGAUUCAUGAGGUCUUUGAGAUGUUCGACAAGGACAAUAGUGGGCAGCUGGACAUGCUGGAACUGAGGGACGCGCUCUAUUCCUUGAAUCCGCAGUUCAGCGUAGUGGAAGUGUCAUACUACUGCAAGUGGAUCAACGAGACAGGGAACAAGGAUGGCCUCAUCUCCCAUAAGGAGUUCAUGGAUUGGCUGAGGGCUGGAACCCAAGCGGCUCAAGAUCUUUGCAAGUUGAUCAUUGCUGAGACCGGUCUGUCCACGGCUGCGCGACUUCGGGAUCUAUUUAAGCGAUUCGACAAGGACGGCAGUGGCACGUUGGAUGUGGACGAGAUGGCGGGGGUCUUUCGAGUGCUGAAACCUGCGCUCACCUUCAAAGACAUCGCUGCCCUGAUGAAAGAGUUGGACAGAGGGGGUGAUCACCGUGUGAGCCGCAUGGAGUUCAUGACGUGGCUAAAGAAGGGCAGCGAAAAAGCACUGGAUGUCAAGAAGGAGAUCUUAGCCACCACCGGCAUCCGAUGGGAGCAGCGGAUCAGGAAAGCCUUUCAGACCUACGACAUUGACAACAGCGGUCUCAUGGACUUGGAUGCCAUGUCCAACGCGUUGAAGAACCUGGGCUCCCUGACGGCCGAGGAAGUGCGGAACGUCUGCGCUGAUCUGGACAAGUCGAAGGACCGUCACAUUUCCUACGCAGAGUUUCGCAGCUGGAUCAAGAACGGCAUGGGCACGAGAGAAAUCGAGAAGGCGAAAGCCAUCCUCGCUCCCAGCGAUAGCGAUGGCCUGGAAGCUGUCUUCUACAACUUUUGUGGGGCUGGGAAAGCGGAGCUGGAUGGGAAGAGUUUUUUCAAGCUCUGUGAGGAUUGUCAACUACUGGAUCCAAAGAUGAAUAGUGCACAGGUGGAUCUCAUUUUCUGUGACACCCGCGUCAAAAAGAAAGGCACCAGGACCAUUGAUGUGGUGCAAUUUGAAGUGGCUUUAGAAAUUCUGGCGGAAAGGACUGGAAUUCCCAAGCAGGACUUGCGGAUGCAGGUCUUGCUGAAAGGCAAACCCGACUUCCGUGGCACAACCGUGGAUAGCACCGCACGUCGAAAGUCGGCGCAGCCCAAACGCAAUGCGCAAGCACGGAACUCCUCCUUGAAAGCGAAGCAGGUUGCAGCAGCAGACACGGAACUUGGACCGGUUCCUGCAGUUCCUCCGCCAAAGUUGGACGUGUCCGGGCUGUGGAAGGUCUUAGGUCGACACACACCUGCAGGCCGUCGUCUUUGGAGCAUCUACGGUGAACGGAAGCCCCGCGAGUCGAGACCCCGAAGUCCCCGUCCCCGAAGUCCCACGCGAGCUGCGACCAGGCCUUCAAGUCGUUCCACACGUCGCGUGAGCCCUGACUUUUCUGACCUCUGUGUGAGGGUGGUGAACGAUUAA